AUGAUCAAGUUAUGUUUCGCACACUUACGGAAUUUGAUAUUCUUCGUAACUAUAUUUUUUGUUGAUCAAGGUAAAAGUGUCAUGUUAUGUCCAACAGCAACAUGGCAAAAAAGUGCAACAACAGUCGCUGGCGAUAGUGCGGGUACAUUAGGUUCUAAUGCAUCAACACUCUACUCUCCAAUCGCCGUACGUGUUGAUAAGAAUUCAAACAUAUAUGUGCUCGAUAGUGGCAACUAUCGUGUGCAACGCUUUUCUCCAAAUUCUACCAUUGGAACAACGAUUGUCAACGGUAGUGCAGGCAUAGCAUUCAAUCAGUUUUAUAAUCAUAAGUUCGUGGAUGACAUGAGUAUCGACAAUAGUGGCAAUAUAUACAUACUCGAUGGUAGUAAAGCUCGUGUUACGAAAUGGGCACGAGGAGCGUCGUCUGGAGUGGUCGUGGCUGGCGGAAAUGCUUUGGGUAAUAAUGCAAGCCAGCUGUACUACUCCCGUGGAAUGUUUUUGGAUACAAGCGCCUCAGCUAUAUGGAUUGCUGACACGAGCAACCACCGUAUAGUGAAAUGGACUUCACCAACAAGUAGUAUGGUAGUUUGCGGUAGUCGUGGAGCUGAGGACGACCAGUUCGCCUAUCCAUUUGGAGUAUUUCUUGAUGAAAGUAACUCAAAUACACUUUAUGUGGCGGAUACAUUUAAUCACCGCAUUCAAAGAUGGUUAACUGGAGCUGCUAGUGGUACGACGGUAGCGGGACUCACAGGUUAUUAUGGGAAUGGUCUCAAUCAAUUAUGGUACCCAACAUCAGUCACAUUAGAUAAUAAUCGAAAUAUGUUUAUUGUUGACUCAAAUAACAAUCGUAUUCUUCAAUGGGCUAUUGGCUUAAGUUCAGGAAUGAUUAUUGCAGGUGACAUAUAUUACGGUGUAGCGGCAUAUUUGCUAUACGAUCCCAUGAACAUUGAUUUUGAUUCCAAUGGAUCUUUGUAUGUUGCUGACACAGCAAAUAAUCGGAUUCAGAAGUUCCUUAUAUCUUGUCCACCGGCACAGAAUAUCUCAACAACAGUUUCGCCUGCAACAACAUCUGCGCCUAUGUCGAACACUAUUUGGUCGCUGAAUGGAACGACUAUCGCUGGAUCACCCACUGGCUGGAGUGGACAUUCACCAGCACUUCUGACUGAACCUUCAGAUAUUGCUAUAGAGCGAAAUGGAACACUCUAUGUGUUAGAUGCAGGAAAUUAUCGAGUGCAACGGUUUCUUCCGGGUUCAACGGUUGGAACAACAGUAGUUAAUGGUAGUUAUGGUACGAGAUGGAAUCAGUUUUAUAGCAUGGAUGCUAUGAGUAUAGAUGCUAACGGUAAUAUGUACAUUGCUGAUAGUGGUAAUGCUCGUGUCAUGAAAUGGUCACCUGGCGCAUCCAACGGAACAAUCGCUGUUGGAGGUAAUGGAAAUGGGAACAGUGAAAAUCAAUUUCGUUGUUCUUAUGGAAUAUUUAUACCGAAGAAUUCGUCAAGCAUCUGGCUAGCUGAUACUUGCAAUCAUCGCAUUGUACGAUGGAAUUCUUCAAUUACAGGUACUACUGUUUGUGGAAGUUACCGAGCAGGAGCAAGCCAAUCCUAUUACCCGUUCGGAGUGUUCGUCGACUCGAGUGCUUCAAAUACAUUGUAUGUUGCUGACACAUACAACCAUCGAAUUCAAAGAUGGCUAUCGGGUGCAACCAGUGGCAGAACUGUGGCAGGACAAACAGGUAAUUGCGAUAAUGGACACAAUCAACUGUGCUAUCCAGGAGCAGUUGUUGGAGAUGAGAAUGGUUAUAUAUACAUUGUGGACACUUUCAAUGAUCGUAUUAUGAGAUGGAUGGUAGGAGCGAGUUAUGGUACUGUUGUCGCUGGAAGUUCAACAGCUGGAGUACUGCCAAAUCAGCUUUAUCAGCCAAAAAACCUCCGACUGGAUUCAACGGGAGCUGUGCUCGUUGUUGAUAUUACGAACAACCGUAUUCAGAAAUUUGCCCUUCUUUGUGCAUCAUGCUUGAACAUCGAAACAGGGGUAUCAACUCUUUCUACAAAUGGAUCAGCAGCGUUAGGUACAAGUACGAGUUUACCCAUGAAAUCCAAUUCUUCUGUUACUACUUCAAAUCCGACACAGAAAAUGACGACUAAAACAGCAGCAGGCGGUACUUCCACUGUUAAUCAACACUUAUCUGCAUGGGCUCUUUAUACUGAUUUACACAAUCGUUCAUUUGAUGAAAAUUUACAUUUAAAAAAAUUCCUUCAAACUCAUUCGUUAAUCUUCUUCAGCUUUUCGUGUGUUUCCCUUUUCUGA